GCAGCCAAAGGCAGCCUCCUGCGCUCGGUCCAGUUCGCCUUCCGCCGUCGCUCGGUUAACUACGCGACUGCCAGUGCCGGUGGCGUCGCGACGCACGUCGUUUCGUAUCACUGCGUGUCCGCGUAUCCGACGACGUUUCACUACUUUGCGGAGCUAAACCACGCGGGUGAUGCAUGGACCAUACGCGCGAUAACCUCCGAACGUUCCGCCCUUAGAAUUUAUGAUCGAUGCAAGGGUAACGAAAUCCUUUCUCAUCGUGAACGACAAGGACGUUGAACCGACAACUUGGAAACGAAGAAAAAGGUGCGGGGAAACAAGAGGUGAAGAUUGUCUCCACGAGAGAGUAGUGAUAGCCUCCGGAUCAAGUCCGCGAAUCAACGUCGACUUGGCUCAGAAAGUGGCGUAAGUUCCUUCGGGAGGACAAAGAGAAAACGAAGGACAGGAGGAGACAGAGAGGAAGAGAGAGGGGUUACAGGCAGCGGCGGUGGAGGCAACAACGGAGGGCGCAGGGAGAGACGGCGGGGUGAACCGGAACCGGAAAUGGCUGCGAGGUGGCUGCUAUUGCUGGCGCUCCUCGCCGCCCACGCCGCGGCUCUUCCUGAUUUCAUUAGGAUAGGCGGGCUGUUUCAUCCGUCGGACGACAAGCAGGAAGUGGCCUUUCGCUACGCCGCGGAGAAGAUCAACGCCAACCGGGACAUCCUGCCCAAGUCUCGUCUCAGCGCUCAGGUCGAGGUGAUACAGCCGCAAGAUAGUUUCCACGCCUCAAAACGAGUGUGCCAUCUACUGCGAGGCGGUGUAGCAGCGAUUUUUGGACCGCAGAGCGCACAUACGGCAUCUCACGUGCAGAGCAUUUGCGACACCAUGGAAAUUCCGCAUUUGGAGACACGUUGGGACUACCGGCUUAGACGACAGAGCUGCCUCGUCAACCUCUAUCCUCAUCCCACCACUUUGUCCAAGGCGUACGUCGAUCUGGUGAAAGCUUGGGGCUGGAAGAGUUUCACCAUUAUCUACGAGAACAACGAGGGGCUUGUGCGAUUGCAGGAACUUCUGAAAGCGCACGGACCUAGCGAAUUUCCCAUUACGGUUAGACAGCUGAGCGAGGGAUCGGAGUAUCGAAGUGGUCCCGAUCGAUCGCUCUCGUUUACAACAGCGCGUAGAUCUCUGUCGGAGUCGAGACAGUCUCAGAGGAGCUUUCCGUUGUACACGAUCGAUAUUAUCAUCACAUUAACGACGAGUCCAAACAUCAAUCGUGUAGCACGUGGUGCACCGUAUGACUGCGCACCGAGAAUGGCCUAUUAA